AUGAACGGACUGAGGCAAUUCGACUGUGAGGGCAAUUCGGUUCCUUAUCGUGCCUUGGUCACUCUUUACGCUAAGGUUGGACUUCAUCGUUACAAUAUGUGGCAGCUGACAAACUUACAGCUAAGUGGGCUAAAGAAAUUCAAUAUGUUAAUGGGUGCGGGUGCUUCAACUUACUGCAUAACUUUGGAUGCAAAGGAACCAGCUUCUAGCUCCCAUCAAACCUUUCAAGUUCAUGUUGCUGAAGAAUGUUUCGGCACAUUGGAUUUGAGAUGUUACAUUGCUAGACCUCAACCAACAACAACCACCACCGAGGUAUCAAAUGAAGAGCCCUUACUACGUUGGGAUAAUGAUUUCUCCUUGCCUAACUGGCCCUUGUCACUUAAUGCCUUCAAUGACCAAAAGCGAUUUUACCUGGUGAAGAAAUCAGAGUUGAGAGACCAUGAUUGGAUCCGUCUAUAUUUGGAACUUGCAGUUUGUGCAGAGAAUAGGUUACUCACAGAUGAAGAUCUGUCCAAGUUGAAGAUUGUGGGAGUGGCGAUAGAAACUAAUCAGGAUGCCGAAAAUCCACCACUCAUUGCGAAAACUGCAAAUGUCUACAUCAGGUUUGAGGACUUAUUAGGCAAAGAUAGCGUAGCUAUAUUAAGAAGAAUCAUGGAUGAGACUACGGGAUACUUGAGUCUCGUGGGUGAUAUUCUUAGUCAGGUUAAAGCUCCUUCUUCCUUAUGUCUCAUGGGUGAGAUUCAGAAUGCGGAACAAAAAGCUUCUUCGAAUAAGCGAUUUUCUAGACCUAGGCGUUCACAUGGUUAUAAAAGAAAGCAUGGCCUUCGCUCUCCCGUUCGUCGGUCUCCUUCCUUUUAUUGA